AUGGCCGACGCGUCCCUGUUCUUCUUGCAUGAUCGUAGCAUUGUCAUCUUCAUACUAAUUUACGUUGAUGACAUUGUGGUUACUGGCAACUCUCUCUCACGAAUUUGUGAUAUCAUCAGCACCCUGUCUCGGCGAUUCUCACUUAAAGAUCUUGAUGACUUGGGAUACUUCUUAGGCAUUGAGGUAAUGCGUACGUCUCAGGGCAUCCACCUCUCACAACGAAAGUACAUUGCUGAUCUCCUUCAUCGCACCAACAUGACACAUGCCAAGCCAGUUCCAACUCCUAUGUGUGCUUCUACAUCGCUUUCUAUACGAGAUGGCACCAUCUUGGAUAAUCCUUCAGAAUACAGAAACGUUGUAGGCAGCUUGCAGUAUCUUCUCCUCACACGACCAGAUAUUGCCCUGGCUGCCAACAAACUCUCUCAGUUCAUGCACAAACCCUCAGACAUUCACUGGAUGGCGGCUAAGAGAGUACUACGGUACUUGGCUGGCACGUAUAUCUCUGGUAUCUUUCUCUCACGCCACAGUUCUCUCUCCCUCCAUGCUUAUUCCGAUGCAGAUUGGGGUGGCAACAAGGAUGAUUACACUUCUACUGGUGCAUACGUUGUAUUCUUUGGCCAACACCCAAUAUCAUGGUCUGCAAAGAAACAAACAGGCAUAGCGCGAUCCUCGACUGAGGCAGAAUAUAGAGCUAUUUCUGCUGCUUCUGCGGAGGUUCGAUGGCUUUACUCGUUACUUCGAGAGCUUCACAUUCCACUCAUCUCCACUCCGACGAUUUAUUGUGACAAUGUUGGGGCCACUUAUUCACCCUAG